GCUACCCGUCAACAGCAGUAGCUACUAACGCUGAAAAAGAGGCGGACAACUGGUCCGCACAAUGAAAAUUAGCACACCUCAAGUGUAGGUCUUAGCCAGAGAAUACAGUCGUUUGUUAAUUUGUUAUCAACACAGACCCUAAGCUUGUCUUCGGUGUAUCGUGUAGCCUUGAGAGACUAGAAAAAACCCAAAGAGCGAGGAUGUUGGUCCCCGCGGGAAGAUAAUGAAGAGGCUGCGCGUUUUGUUGGUGUGCCUCGUUGUAGCUCUCCUGUGCUGGUACCCCAGUCAACAUGUGUUUUGUUCAGAGCAGAGCUUGUCUGGCCCAGGUCAGUCUGCCGGGGACAAAAACCCUGAUGGCCACAAGCAGGAGCAGGAGCAGGACUCCAUGCAACACAAGGUGGUGGAAGAACCCACACACACAUCAUACGAUAUGGGACUAGAGACAGAGAGAGCGGCACUAGAGAAGCUGGCAACACACAACAACAUACACCAAGAACAGACUGUGAAUCCUCAGGAAGCUGAGGUGGAGGAGACAAAACCAGACCCAGAGUCUGAUACUGUACUUGUCGCUCCUGAGCCAGAACCCCACCCAGACCCCCAGACUGAUUUGCAGCUGCAGACUGACACACAUGACCAGGACCAGGAACCCCCAGUGUCCUCCACUCCAGAACCAGUUCCAGCACAGGGCCAAGUAUCCACAGAUACUCCAGCCCAAGCAGAAAUCUACAGUGACGCUUCUGCUGCACAUCCCAGUCUGGACUCAAACCCAGCCACAUCCCCAGAUGAAGCUGAAAACACACCUACCUCACAGAGUGCUGGCCCAACCCACACAGGUGCAGUGCGGGUUGCCAGUGCAGGAGAUGAACUCCCAGUAGACAGCUUUGUCUUUGCUGAGCACUCUGAUUCACAGUGCGGGGUCAUUCCCCCCGAACUGGCAACCUGUGAAAACUCCCCUUUUGGCAGCCCUCUCCUCAGCACGGAUGAGGCUGGCAUAGAGGACCAGCAGUCAGACCAGAACCCCAGUUCUGGUCCAGAAGCAGAGGUCCAGUCUACUGCAGGCCAUGUGGACCAGGAACACCAACAACCGCAACAGGAGCUGGAGGAUGGUUUGGACCGAAACACCUCUGUCACUCGGGAGGGGGAUGGCAUUAUUGCCAGAGAGACGGAUCCCUCAGUUCCCAGCAAAGAGGACAUCCCCACAUUUGAUGAGUGGAAGAAACAGGUCAUGGAGGUGGAGAAGGAGAAAAGCCAGUCUCUCCAUACCUCAACCAGCAGCAGCCCCCAUCCAGUGAAGAAGGUCCAGAAAAACUUCAAGAAUAACUACGCAUCUGUGGAGUGUGGUGCCAAGAUACUAUCUGCCAACAAUGAGGCCAAGAGCACUUCAGCUAUUCUCAUGGAAAAUAUGGACCUUUACAUGCUAAAUCCUUGCAGCAACAAAAUCUGGUUUGUGAUAGAGCUCUGUGAGCCUAUUCAAGUCAAGCAGCUGGACAUCGCUAACUUUGAGCUCUUCUCAUCUACACCUAAAGACUUUCUAGUUUCUAUCAGUGACAGAUAUCCUACCAACAAGUGGGUAAAGCUGGGUACUUUCCAUGCCCGUGAUGAGCGUAUAGUCCAGAGCUUCCCACUGGACGAGCAGCUUUAUGCUAAAUAUGUGAAGAUGUUCAUCAAGUACAUAAAGGUUGAACUCCUCUCGCACUUUGGCUCGGAGCACUUCUGUCCUCUCAGUCUCAUCAGGGUGUUUGGUACCAGCAUGGUGGAGGAGUAUGAGGAGAUCGCAGAUUCUCAGUACCCUUCAGAGAGACUGGAGUACUUGGAUGAGGACUAUGACUAUCCUCCUGGUUACCAACCAUCAGAAGACAAGGCCUCUAAAAACCUGCUUGGCUCGGCAACCAAUGCCAUCCUAAACAUGGUAAACAACAUUGCUGCAAACGUGCUGGGCGGCAAGCCAGAGCUGGAGGGUGGAGCAGAAACAGGAGGUAACACAACAGCAGAGGAGAUUGAAAAGAAGGAGAGCACAGAAGUUAAAGCAGCUGAAACACCACACGACUCUGCAGAACUGGCAUCUGCAGAACCAGAACACUCUGCGACCCAGGAGGACUCUAAUGUCUCCAGUGACUCCUCCACGCCUCCUUCCUCUUCAUCUGACUCCCACGAGGACAGGCAGAUUGUCACUCUGGUAGAGGAGGAGGAGGACGAAGAGCCCAGGCAGUCCACCGUCACCCUGAUGGAGGAGGAGGGAGAGGAGGAGGAAGAGAAGGGAGAGGAGGAGACGAGGAGGGAGGCAGAUAGGAACCAGUGGGAGAGCCGGACAUACUGUCCUUUCUCCUACUUCUCCUCGCUGUCCCUGUCCUGCAUGGCCACCCUGCCGGAGCUGCUCCAUCGCUGGUGUUCCGCCCGGCUGGCCAAGGAGAGACUCCGCAGCCUUAGGAGGAGGCAGCUGAGCACCCAAAUACAGACGCACCCUGAUGCAAACACCCCUGUCCUCAUGCACACACCGCCACAAAUCCCUGUCCCUGUCCCCACCCCCCCACAAGAAGUCCUUCCCCUCACAGAAAAAGCCCCAGAGCCCGAGGUGUCUGUCAAGGUCCAGAAUGAGGGCAAAUCUUUGGGUGACAUGCACGCCAUUCACACACAUCUCAACACUCACACACCUGAUGCACACACUCCAGAGCUCAACAUCCUCCUAGAGCCUAGCAGAACCUCCACCAUCCCUCCAAGCAGUUUCUCAGACAUCCACAGUUCUCUGUCACGCCCGACCCCCACCAAUGAGGAGAAGCUGCUGCCUCCCAUCAAAGACGCAGCCCUGGACCCAGUCCCCACUCCACCCCUUCAAGUAGUCUCCAUCCCAGAGACGCAACAGGCCAGCAGCGCCACCCCCACCCUUACUGUCAGCUCUCCCCCACAGCCUGUUUCCUCUGAGACAGCCUCUCCUGGUAUUGUGGUUCCUCCUGUCAAGGAGCAGCCUGUUCAGCCUCUUCCCACUGCAUCGAGGCCCGAAGACUCUAUCCCCCCUCCCACUGAACUGCCAACAGCUGUCCCACUGACCGACACUCAUACAGACACAGUAAAGUCAGGCACAGACAGCGGGGACUCACAGAGACGCAAUGUCCAGGCUUCUCAGACUCACGGGGAGCAAGGGGACUCUCUCACUCAGACCGGAGAGCCCCAUCGGGUUGAAGACACGGUGGACGAGGACCUAUUAAGCACUAAUGGGAAUGGCAACGUCCACCGAACAGCUACAGACUUCUAUGCAGAGCUGCAGAACGGGGGUGAUUAUAAUGGGGGGGCAGUGAAUGGGAAUGGCGUGUUAUUGAAUGGGGGAGCGGUGCAUGGCUCCAGUCAGAAGGAGAGUGUGUUCAUGAGGCUGAACAACAGGAUCAAAGCUCUGGAGAUGAACAUGAGUCUGUCCAGCAGAUACCUGGAAGAACUCAGCCAGAGAUACCGGAAACAGAUGGAAGAGAUGCAGAGAGCGUUCAAUAAGACCAUCAUCAAACUGCAGAACACCUCCCGCAUUGCUGAAGAGCAGGACCAGAAACAGACAGAUUCCAUCCAGGUCCUGCAGAGUCAGCUGGAGAAUGUCACUAAGCUGAUGUUAAAUCUCACUGCUACAGUCAGCCAGCUGCAGAGAGAGGUAUCUGAUCGUCAGAGCUACCUGGUCGUCUCUCUGGUUCUUUGUCUGUCUCUGGGCCUCCUGCUGUGUCUGCAGUGCUGCCGUAGCUCCUCUCCCAACCCCAGCACCACUGCUGCUGCCCUUCCCAAGAGCAACCACUAUCCCAGCCCUAAAAGAUGCUUCUCCUCUUAUGACGACAUGAGCCUAAAGCGCAGAGUUACCUGUCCACUGGUUCGUUCCAAGUCAUUCCACCUGUCCUCCACAGAAGUAGGUCCAGAUGACUUGUACAUUGUAGAACCUCUAAGGUUUUCUCCAGAGAAAAAGAAAAAACGCUGCAAAACAAAGUCAUUGGACAAGGUUGAGACUCUGAAGGCAUCCGGUCCCUUUGCUUCGCUCACAAACGGGGGUCCCAAGUGCAACGGUUUCCACCCAUGCCUCCCUGCGCCACCCCCUGCCCUACCCCCUCCUCCACCUCCUCCUCCUCCUCCUCCUCCUCCUCCUCUUCCUCCUCUUCCUCCUCCUCCUCUUCUUCCUCCUCCCCCACCGCCGCCUCCCCCUCCCACCACAGACGAGGUGUCACCAUUGCCCACUUGCACCUCUAAGGAGUCCCCCUCAGAGACCAGCAGCUGCAGCUCAUCCACCCACUCUGAGGAGUCCUACACGAGCCGCCUCCCCCCUCCCUCUCCCACCUUCCCUUCCACCGGCCUGUGCAAUGGCCACAGCCUGGGUUUCCCCAUCCAGCAGCCUCCCACCAAGUCCCGUCAGGAGAAACGCUCCGUGAAGCGGCGGAAGUCACGACAGACCGAGCUGCAGUUCCCGCCCAUGUCUGGGGGCAGCGUCGCUUCUCUGCCCAGCCUGCAGCAGCUUAUGAAGGGAAACAAGGAGAUCAGUGUCGGGACCAUCGGGGUGACAGCCGUCACCGGACAUGUCUGAAAUACUCACACUUUUAAACAACUUUCUAUUCACAACCGUACACAGACACACACACACACACACACACACCUAUAUGGUAGCAGAUUUGUGAGGAGAUGAGGUUUUACUGCAUCCCAAAGAACCACAUUUCCCAUGAGCACCCAGGCACACCGUGGAACUGAAGUGGCUAUGGCAGCAGUAGUUCGACAUCAUCCAGUCCUUAUCCACUCCUGUCAAAGACCUGUUUACGGUUACGUGCCUUUAUAUCUGUUGUAGACCUUUUAAUGCUAAAAAAACUGAAAUUGAAAGAAUUGCUGGUGUGGGCGGAGAGAGAGAGAGAGACACUGUGGUGGGGAGUGAAACAUUAAUACAAGUCAAAUCCAUUGAGGUGUGUUCAAGAUGUUUUUUCUAAUGGAUAAGCACAUUGUCAUGACAUGACAUGACAGUUGAGCACCAUUGAGCCCCCUCCCCACCCCCCCGACUCUGAGCACAGUGAGGAGAGGUGUAGGCCUCAACUCUACGUUCCUUCACCUACAGGGAGCAUCAAGAAGUAUUAGGCUGCUCCUUUGGGAUGAUAUGUAUCAUUAUGAAAACUGUGGAGCAUGACAAACAUCUUUUCUUAUCCUUAUUUCCUUCUGUCUUCAUUCUGCCAUCAUUGCCAUCAUUUUUAUCUUAUCCAUUCUGUCUUAGUAUUGUAUCCUAACAUGACUGCAGGUGUAUGUAUGGGACCAGAGUGUUAAACAUUCAUGUACACCAAACUCACUCUCUUUGACUUCCUCUGUCUUGGUCAGUCUGCUCCAAACCAACAGUCAGAGCUGAAUGAAGAAAUUAACUUUGCAUGGUGUGAAACUGUCUGAAUGUGUUAGUCCUCUCACUUUAAGUGUCCCACUAAACAUCGUAUUACAUAUACAAUAGCAGCAGUCUACAGAUCCUACAAGUUCACAGUGAAAUGUUCUAUGAACUCUACCUACUCUGUUAGUUUGGCUGGGUCCAAAAAGCUUGCUCACACACCAAAUGAAGAGAAAUUGUGCUGUUACAGUGGAUACUGUGACUGUGAGGAUGGUUAGAUAUUACAGUGGGCUCGGACAGGUCAGAGCCAAGCUGAAUUUUCUUCUUUUUCUUUCAUAUUUUAUUAUUUCUUUCAUCCAUAACUGAGCCAUGCUUUUCUUCUUAUUGAUACUGGUGUGCUUUGUUUGAAUUAUUCUCACAGCCAGUAUGGAGGUAAUGUUUUCUGUAGGACACAGGGUAGCAUAGCUGAAUGUUUACACUUUUCUCACACACACACUCUACUGGGACCCUGCAGUCAAGUCUGACAGUCCAGUUUUAUUUAUCUAGUUAUUUAUUUAUUUAAAAGACUACAGAUUUUUCUAAAAUAGGUGCUGGCUUGCCAGUCUUCCAAUCCUGCAGUGUCACAGUAGUUUAUCCAUGUGAGUAUGUUACAUAGAAAUAUUACAGUGAAAUAUACUCAGCGGUACUGACACAGUCAUGGUGGAUGGCUCAACCAUGGACAUCAUCCUCUUCCUCUUCUUCUUUUUUUUCUGUAGAGACUUUAUUUUGGGCUCUGACCUUAAAAAAAGCCCCCAGUUCUGUUUGCCUCAGCGUGAAAUGUCAGACAGUCACAUGUCCUGCAGCAGCCUAUGUAUCUAAGAUAACAGGGUAUUGAUUGAGAAGACUGCAUGUUUAUUAGGAUCAUCACACUGCUGCUUUUGUAUAUGUUCAGAGCUGCUGGGUAGAUGGACGUAGUGGAAAGGACUAAAGUGAGUGUUUGCUGUUGUACCGUCUUCUUUGUGUUUGCCUCAGCAUCUUUAUUGGAUGAACUAACUGAUUUUAAUUUCACCUUCUUCAUGUUUUCAUGACUGACCUACGAUAAAAUUCAGUUUAAUAUUUAAACACAAUGUAGGGUGUCCAGACGUGAAUAAGAGGUAUUUUUUGUUUGUUUUUAAAUAAUAAAAUUUAAAAUAUCUUUUUCUUUAUGUAUGCGGUUUCUGACUGGCUCUGUGUGGUUGGACUUGUGCACUUGUUGACAGAGACAGAGAACUCACCUCUAACUCUUAACUCUCCCAUUAGAGCCUCAUUACAUCUUCUGACCAGCUUCUACAGCGCUUCUUUCUCUUACAUAUCCUCAUCCUCCAGGGUCGCCUCUGACCCCAUUGCACGACUUUUUCUGUGACUGUGAAGAAAAUACAUUUUUAAUAUGCCUGCUUUUAUUAACCACUCUGACCUUUUCCCAUUAGGAGCUUAAAAUGCUCUAUCUGUCUACAUGCCUGCUUUUUUGACUAGUUCAUCUUUCUGUGCAUCCUCACUCUCAUUGUGCACCCGCUCACUCUUUUAGUCACUUGUCACUGCUCUUCAACUUUAUUCCCCACCUCAGAUGAUAAAUGUGGUCUGUGAAGAGAAGGACACAAAUUGUUGUUAAAUAAAGGGAAUGCAGCAAAGAUGGGUAUGAUUUGGAACACUAUUAAUGUGAUUCUGUAUGUUCCACAAGCCGAGCAAAUCAUGAGGUUGGUUUUUUUUGUAUCCUUUAUGAAUGUGUAUGAUGUUAUGUUUGUGUGUGUAUGUGUAAACCUGUAUGCAUGUGAGAUUUUUUUUGUUGUUGACCUCCUGUAUGUGUGUGAGCGUCUGUGUUAUAAGAAAGACUACUUUGAAUCUACUUAUCCCCAUAACACAGCGAGUAGGGAGAAGGCCCUCAGUGAGAAAUUCUAGGAGCUCAGCGUGCACUUUGUAUGACUCCUCAUGCCUUUUUUUUUGUUUGUUUUGUUUUUUUUACCUUAUAUGUCAAGUGCUUUCUUUUCUUUCUAUUCUCUCUCCCUCUCUUUCUCUCUGUGAGUACUCUGAAGAGCUGCACAGUAUUUUUGAGCAGGAGUGAGUUACUACAAAAACUGUAGUGCCAUUAGAAACUGUGAAUUUCUAAAUAAAACCUUUUUUGUCGUCUUUCA